AUGAGGACCAUCAAAGGCGUCGGCGUGCCGUCGGUUCGCCUCGUCCUCUCCUACAUCUUCGACUGGAUCGUCAUCAUCGCCAUUGCAGCCAUCGCCGGCGGCUGGGAAUAUGUCGAGCCCUUCCGACGACCCUUCUCGCCCGUCGACCUCUCGAUAUCGUAUCCGUACCAGACCAGCGAAAUGAUACCGACAUGGCUCCUCGUGGUAGUCUCACUCAUUGCGCCCGCCGCCAUCGUCAUGAUCGUGUGUCUCGUCUGGGUCCCUGGACCAACCGCCGAACGCGGCACACCCAAGUCGCUCAUUUGGAGGAGGAAGCUUUGGGAGUGGAAUACCGGUUGGAUGGGUCUUGCGCUCUCGCUCGCGACGGCAUUCCUCAUCACACAGGGCAUGAAGAAUCUCUUCGGAAAGCCGCGACCUGAUCUUCUGUCAAGAUGUCAGCCAGACCUCGAAAACAUUCAGGAUUAUGUUGUCAACACCGUUGGAGAGAUUUUCAAUCCGGCCUGGGUACUCGUCAGCGCAGACAUCUGCAAGAAUCCCGACAAAGACCUUCUCAAAGACGGCUUCAAGUCCUUCCCCAGCGGUCACUCCAGCUUCUCCUGGGCCGGCCUCCUCUACCUAACCCUCUUCCUCGCCUCCAAAUUCUCCGUCGCAAUCCCCUUCCUCCCCCACCGCCCCUUCUCCACAAACCCCGCCCACACCUCCGCCAUCUCCCCCUCCAACCUCAAGAAACAAGCCACCCUCCCCAUCCACAAACAGGACUCGUCGCUCUCGUCCCCAACCUCCUACAACGACGACGCCGUAGUCCCUAUCCGCUACCAAAACGCCGCUCCACCCGUUUACACCCUCGUCCUCAUCUUGGUCCCCAUCUGCGCCGCCAUCUACAUAACAAGUACCCGCUUUACCGAUUUCCGCCAUUUCGGGUUCGAUAUGUUGUUUGGUACGCUGAUUGGUGUGACGUGUGCUUGGUUUUCGUUCCGCUGGUAUCAUCUGCCCAUUACACGGGGUGCGGGAUGGGCCUGGGGACCUAGAAGCUACGAUCGUGCAUGGGGCAUUGGUGUCGGUAGGGGUAGCUAUGUUGGUACAGAGGGCUGGAGCAGGAAUGGAGGCAGUGAGACUGCGCUCAGGAGACGCGCGGAUGCCCAGGGCACUGCGAAUGGGCAUAGUGUGGAUGAAAGUGAGUUGGGUGUGCUGAAUCGUAAUGGCGCGCCGCAUGCUGGGAACCCGCCGAGUUCUAUGCACUCGAGGGUUGGUACUGCGCAGGAGGUUUGA